AUUGCUUACAUGAGUUUUACAAAGCGUUUCUAGCAAUUAACCAUAUUUUGUGAAGCUAUUUUAGUAGAACAGCAUGGUUACAUGGCAAUCAAGAUCAAGGUUGCUGACACAAAGAUUGUUGUCCUGAAUCUGCUGAUGUGUUUGAUGACAUUCUAUACAGUAUUUUACAUUACUGUCAGUCUGUGCAUUGGCGUGCUCAGGGUGGAAGAUACUGAUAGCCUCUUGGCACCUUUUGAUUAUAAAACAAAGCCUUCAUGGACAAACAAAAAAUAUUUAGUAAUGUCUGAUUUCCCAUCAGCAGAGCCUUGGUGGAUUGCCUUAGGUGCUGGCUUGUUAGUAAUGAUUUUUGGAGGACAGCUUCUUGCAUACAAGCUUUACAAGAACAAUUUCAUUUAUCCUGAUCUUGAAAAUUUCUAGAAAUGUUUUUAUUUUUUUAUAUUAUUUGUUGUUAUUUAUUGUUUUGGAUGUGUAAUUAAUAAAAAGUAUGAUGCCCAUGGCAUGACACAGGGACAUGGUAUCUGAAUGUAUUUUUGUUCUACAUGUAUUGAAUGUUUUUUUUAUGUUGUUAAAAAAUACGCAGAACAUCUAAGCUUUCCAUCUUCCUAACAUCUAAAGUCUAAUGUUCUAAUCACAAAAUGGGAGGAUAACAAAAAUAGUAUUCAUGAACACAUACCGAGGCCCAAGCAAACCCACCAGCUGACAGGGAUCUUUUUAUUUGUCUCCUAGAAGGACUUUUCACAGUGUAGAUGAAUUUUCAUUGCUGGUGACGAGGUGACGAGGUGCUUUAUUUAAUUGACUUUUAACUUACAGUAAAUUAAAAAACAGUGCAACAAAAGCAUACCAAAAGUUAGAGAUGUUGUGCCCAAAACACUGAAAAUGUGGAAUAUUAUUUGCUUGAUAUCUAGCAACUUUAAAACAUUUAACUAUAUUUCUAAAACUGUUGCUAUCAUUCUCUGACAACAGCUACUAAACCUGUUAUUUUCUUUCUUAGCACUAUAACACUACCGGACAUGAUA